ACGGGGGACUUUCCACAUCCCUUCACCUUUCUAAAGAACCUGUCUGGUACUCCUUCCUCAUUUCUAACACCAUUUAUCUACUUGACCUGCCGGACUUUCUUCACUUUCGUGUUACCGUUGAAGAAGUUGAGACAAACUUGCAGGACAGAUGGCCCAAUCUGGAGAAGAUGCUCCCCUGGCCAGAGGAAGUCUGACGGGCAGUGAAGAAGUUCUGGUUGCCCCUGCAGGACCCACAGGGGGCUCUAACAGUCGUGCCUUGAAGGUGGCAGGCCUGACCACCCUGGCAUGUCUGCUGCUGGCCAGUCAGGUCUUCACUGCCUACAUGGUGUUUGACCAGAAGCAGCAGAUCCACUCGCUGCAGAAGAGCACAGACAGAAUGGGCAAACAGAUGACCCGCUCAUCCCCAGCUGUGGCUCCAAUGAGGAUGCAGAUGCCCAUGAACAGCCUUCCUCUGCUGAUGGACUCCACUUCGGAUCAGGACACCACGACACCCCUGACUAAACUGCAGGACGCUCUUGUGAGCGUGGAGACGCAGCUGAAGGAUCUCAUGCAGGACUCCCAGCUGCCUCAGUUCAAUGAGACCUUCCUGGCCAACCUGCAGAGCAUGAAGCAGCAUGUGAAUGAGAGCGAGUGGAAGAGCUUUGAGUCCUGGAUGCGUUACUGGCUGAUCUUCCAGAUGGCCCAGCAGAGUCCUGCUGCUCCAACAGCUGAAUCAGCCUCUGUGAUCAAGACCAAAUGCCAGAUGGAGGCAGCACCUGGAGCCUCCAAGAUCGGUUCCUACAAGCCCCAGUGUGACGAGCAGGGCCGCUACAAGCCCAUGCAGUGCUGGCACGCCACUGGCUACUGCUGGUGUGUGGACGACACUGGCAAAGUCAUCGAGGGCACCACCAUGCGCGGCCGCCCCGACUGUCAGAAAGCCCCACUUUAUCCUCGUCGCAUGAUGUUUGCGCCCAGGCUGAUGCAGAAGACCAUCAGCAUGGAUGAUGAGUGAAGCAAAUGCAGCAAAGUGUGGGGUGUUUCUUUUCAUCAAGCUUCGCAGAUACAAGAAUCAAAGUUAUCUUUAAGUUGAAUCAGUUAAUGUACUUCCAUGUAAUCUCUUGAUUUUCAUCAUUUUGCUGGUAGCUUGAAAUCAAAUCAGUAGAGGCCUGUUACAGUGUAUUUCUUUUAAUUUUUGUGUUUAAGUAAAUUGUGGGGUGUUCACAUUGACAUUUUAACAUAUAGAUGUUCUUAUCAUCUACAGUAUAUUAAAGUAUGUCUUUUAAUUGUGUUUGUCUUUAAAACAUGCUUUAAGGGUUGGAUCACCCAAAUUACAUAUUUUCUCCUUUGCCUCUACUAGUAUCUAGAGAAGGAGCUAGUUCAGGUUUGAAGAUGUCGCCUGUGACUUGUCUGCCUCCACCCUACAACAAUGGGAUGUUUAUGGUGCAUAGAACAUCGAAAUAUUAUGCUUAAAAAUGUAAACAGACUCGUUCCAGAAACAAUGUCCUUCAUUAGUCCGAUAAUCCACAGACCACACUCACAACAAAUUAACCAAACCAAAACCAUCUUUAUGGCUAUAUUUAUGAGAGUUUAGUGAAAUAAUAUGGUUAUUUUUGUGAUUUGGGUAAACCGACCCUCUAAAGGUUGUAAACAAAGAUGUGACUUUUCUAUGAAGGUGUUUGUGUUAAGAAGGCUAAAUAAAGUUUUCCAAACAAC